GGAACCAACUUUUGGUGUUUCCUUAAUCCUUCGUUUUUUGUGGUGUUUUUUAUACUUGUUCUUAUUUGCCCUCCUUUAUUCUCUGUUUCCUUUGAAGGAAAGGGAGAUAUCGGCGGCGCUUAUCAAACCGUCCAUUCGCUCACCCCGUCACACAAAAACCGAUCCCGCAAACCAACACACGCCCCCCGAUCGCCCGAUCCGAAGCACAGCGAAAGUGCAGCGCAGCACCACGCGACGUCUUCAGUUUUUACUCUCGCUAGGAAGAAAGUUCAACGAGAUCGACAAACAGCCUAGGGAGCGUUGAAAAGAAGACAUUUUGGAAAAGAGACGCGCAAACUGUAUCGCGGCCCGCAUUCCAACAACGCCUGUUUUUCUCUUGCAACUGCUCGCUUGAUAUCGGCCAAGCAAAACAGCCAAGCCAAGCUCUCUCCCCUAAUAACGGCCAACUGCACCUAAAUCAACAACAAUCAGAGUCGUUCGUUUUUUCUGGGUUGAUUUGAUUGUUAAUUUUUCUUUUCUUUUGCUCUUCUUGGAUAAUUCCUCUUUUUUUCUCUUUCGCGGCAGUCGUCACCUCGCAUUCGACCUGCCAUAUCUGUUAAUAUUUGAUUGCGAACCUCUUGUCGCUUGAUACCGACUCGAGGUACUUUUUCGCAACAGCAUAUUCGACUGCAUCGUUUUACUCGACAAUAUUCAUAAUGUUGCGAUCUCUUGCUGUGGCUGCCCUCUUGGGCGCCGCUUCGGUCAGCGCUCAAACCGUCAAGUGCACCGCCAACAGCAAGUGUCCCAAGGAAUCUCCUUGCUGCUCCACUUAUGGUGAAUGCGGUGUUGGCGCAUACUGCCUCGGUGGUUGCGACCCUACCAUGUCCUUCACCCUCGACUCUUGCGUCCCCGCGCCCGUCUGUGAGGACCGCACAAUGAAGAUGAACUCGCUUGACCGCAUCACCGACAUCGGCAAGUACCUUGGUGACUCCUCCAAGAGUGACUGGGUUGCCCAGGGCGAACCCGCCGUCUUCAAGGACAAUGUGCUCCUCACCAUGCCCAAGGACAGUGUCGGCACUCUCCUGUCCUCCACCGUCUACAUGUGGUACGGCAAUGUUAAGGCUCGCUUCAAGACCAGUCGCGGCCGUGGUGUCGUUACUGCCUUUAUCCUGUUCUCUGACGUAAAGGAUGAGAUCGACUACGAAUUUGUCGGUGUCGACCUCGAGACUGCCCAGACCAACUAUUACUUCCAGGGCAUUACCAACUACGAGAACUCGGAGAACAUCACCCUGUCUGACACCUUUGAGAACUUUCAUGAGUACGAGAUCCGCUGGACUCCCGAAAAGAUUGAGUGGUACAUCGAUGGCAAGCUCGGCCGCACCAAGGAGAAGAAGGAGACCUGGAACGCGACCUCGCAGAACUUUGACUUCCCCCAGACUCCUUCCCGUGUGCAGCUCUCCCUCUGGCCUGGCGGCAAGGAGACGAACGCCGAGGGUACGAGGGCCUGGGCUGGUGGUACCAUUGACUGGGAGGCUGCCGAUAUCCAGAACAACGGAUACUUCUAUGCUACCUUUUCCGAUGUCGAGAUUGAGUGCUUCAACUCUCCUACCGCGCCUGGCACCAACAAGGGCAAGAGUUACUGGUACAACAAUGUUCGCGGUACCAACGACACCAUUGUCGAUGGCGACAAGGACCACAUCAUUGCUUCUCUCCAGGCUACCGGUACCGACAUGGAUAAGGGCAAGAAGAAGGACAAGGACGAAGAUGACGACGAGCCUGCCACCAUUCCCGGUGGUGGCAGCGGAGCUCCUGCCAACGAUCACAGCGAGGACAAGGAUAGCUCCAGUGGCUCUGGCUCUAGCUCUGGUUCUGGCUCCAGCUCUGGUGGUUCUGGCAGCAGCUCAGGUAGCGACUCGAGCGAUGACUCGAGCAGCGACACGCCUGCUGACACCACUAACUGUGACACAACCAGCUUCAACCAGGAUUGCAGUAGCUCCAGCUCCAGCUCCAGCUCAGAAAGCUCCAGCUCCGACUCGAGCAAGGGCUCUAAUGCUGGCUCAAAGAACGGCGCCAGCGCUUUCGCAAUCCUCAUUGCUGGCUGCGCUCUGUACUGGCUAUGAUAGUUGUCUCGUCUCUUCAUGUCCGCCCUGCUCUUGUUCCUCACCGACGGUCCCCUUUUUUCUGAUUAUAUAGCAUCUCUUUGUGUUUAUUUGUGUUUUCUGCUCUGAUGAAACAAUGGCUUUUGCGGACCGGCGCGUCCUUGGGCCUUGGAUGUAAUGGCUCUUUUUCUUGUGAUUAUAUUUUGUUCACGGUGAGGGGGAGGACACCAGUAAAGACCCAUGAUGGGGCCAGGACGAACACGCGGGGUAGAGAGUGAAAAGAGAGAGAUCAAGAUAAUGUGGAGGUAAUGGCUACGGCCGUCCACUCCCUACACUGAAACUU